AGACGCACCGCACCAGACACAACAGCUGUUGGCGCUCAGGGCGACGGAUCGUCUUCGUUAGUUUUUGAAGAUGCCUUUUUGGCGAGAAGUUUUUUCGUACACGGAGGCACAGUUCCCCCCAAAAUGCCUCCCAACGAAAUUAGAUGUUUGUCGUGUGUUUUUCAACAAGACGCGUGAUCUUGGCCACGAAGUGGACACAGCUGCUAGGGAAACCGCCAUGCUGCUCGUGGACCACUGGUAUUCGCAGGGUAGGAGACCUAUCAAGUGGAUCAACGUGUCCAAACAAAUUUUGGCCUUGUACAAGACAUACUACAAGCUAUUUAAAUCAAGUUCAAGAAAGCGUGGACCCACAUUUGAAAAGAAUUUGUCUGCUCUUCAAGUGGAUUUGGCAAAAGUCAUGGACAUCAGUUCUGCUGACACCAGCCCCCUAGUCCGUGCCGAGAAACGGAAGGCAGCAAAUGAUGCAUAUGGGUCCAGUUCCAGGCGGAGGGUGGCUUUGGCUAAUAAGUCUGCGUCUGCAGAUGAGAGUGGUGAGUCGUGUGUCUGGUGUGACAUUUGAGUGUGAUAGCGACAGUGCAGAACUAG